AUGGCUACCACACCACCAAAGCCCAUCGACCUCUCCCUUCCUCGCAUCCUCUGCCUCCACGGCGGCGGCGUGACAGCCGAAGUCUUCCAACUCCAAGCUCGCAGCCUCAUCAAAGCCCUACCUACCUUCCGCCUCGUCUUCGCAGAUGGCCCCUUCUUCUGCGCUCCGGGUCCCGGCAUUGCAUCCGUCUACGAAGACUAUGGUCCUUUCCGUCGCUGGCUGCGCUGGCUGCCUGAACACCCUGAUAUCGAUGACGAGACUGCCAUCGAGGAAGUCAUGUAUGCGAUUGACACUUGCAAGAGCAGCGAUCCUGGUACAGGACCUUGGGUGGGCUUGAUGGGCUUCAGCCAGGGCGCUAAGCUUGCGGCGAGUUUGCUGUACGAUCAGCAAGUGCGCGUUGAGAAGACAGGCCACGCAGAUACAGACUACAAGUUUGCAGUGCUGUUGGCUGGAAGGCAGCCGUUGAUGCAGUUGUCCGAGUACUCAGUCGGACCGGCUACAUUGGGCGCUGGCGAGAUCAGCGAAGGCUUCAACUAUGAGGGGUCCAAUGAGCAUAUCCUCAAACUACCGACGAUACAUGUACAUGGACUUAAUGAUGCUGGUCUACAUCUACACAGGGAUCUGCUGAGAAAGUACUGUCAUCCUGACAGUGUGACACUUAUUGAGUGGGACGGCACCCACCGCGUACCGCUGAAGAAGACCGACGUUGACAGGAUAUGCACCGAGAUAUACAGGAUCGCAAAAUCGCAGGGCGUAAGGUGUUGA